AUGAAAUCACAGAAGGUAUUCAAGGAAAAAGAGAGCAUAGUGGUAGAAGGGCCAUAAAAGAGGAAAAAUUACGAUAGACUCGAGACUCACGAUGAGACUUAGGAUGAGAUACAAGCACAUGCAUAGUCAAAGAGGCAGUCGAAAGAAUAUGACGCUGAUUUUGAAGAGGAAUUCAAUCUAACUGAGAGAUAAGUAAAAGCAUUAAAGAGAGAGGCAAGGAAAAGAAAGUGGGUGAGAAGACUUCACUAUGUCAAUGAUAAGGGCUAGGCAUUAUGUAAUAAUAUAUACUGGUUAUCUAAACAGAAAAUAGGUUGGGUAUUAGGUUCAGCACUACUGAUAUACAAAACGAAUUUUUUCAGGCAGGUCUGGGAGAACCCACAUAAGGUGAUGUUUUUCUUUGAUUUAGCUAUGAUUGGAAUUGGAAUCAACAUAGCUUUUAUGAUUUAUAUGACUGUGUAUCUUCCCUAUAUAAAAGGGAUAAAGGAGGAUUUUGAGACUUACUGCCCUCAACUAAUUCCUGUCAUUACUAUUGUGGGAAUAUUAUCUUUUUUCAGUUUCAUCAUUGCAUUAUGGCCUAUAUGGGGACUAUUAACUCCUAUUUUCAUGUUCAUUCUAUUUAUGGGUUAUACAAUGUUCUUGUUAUUCUUACCUGGAGGCUUCAUUGGCACACUAUUUUUCUGGGCAUUGAUGCUAGGAAUGGCAACAGUCAGUCAUUUGAUCCCUCAUGAUCCUGAAUCAGUUUUCAAUAGUUGA